CAACGUUCCCCUCUAAAUCUAACCGUUACAACAAUAAUAAAAUAACCCAUUUUUCAUUUCCAUUUUCCCUAUAUAAACUAAAACCUCAUUUCUAACCCUACAUUCGCCCCACAAACCCUCCCUCUUUCUCUCUCUAGAAAUUCUCUCUCUAGAAUCUCUUCCAAUUUACACGAAAAUGAGAGAAAUUCUUCACAUCCAAGGUGGACAAUGCGGAAACCAAAUCGGAGCCAAAUUCUGGGAAGUUGUCUGCGCCGAGCAUGGCAUCGACCCUACCGGAAGAUACGGCGGUGACACAGAUCUUCAAUUGGAGAGAAUCAAUGUUUACUACAACGAAGCUAGUUGCGGUCGUUACGUUCCCCGAGCGGUUCUCAUGGAUCUUGAACCGGGUACCAUGGAUAGUGUCCGGUCUGGACCGUACGGUCAGAUCUUUAGACCGGAUAACUUUGUGUUUGGGCAGAGUGGUGCUGGGAAUAACUGGGCUAAAGGUCAUUAUACUGAAGGCGCUGAGCUUAUUGAUUCUGUUCUUGAUGUUGUCAGGAAAGAAGCUGAAAACAGUGAUUGCUUGCAGGGGUUUCAAGUAUGUCAUUCACUUGGUGGAGGAACUGGAUCUGGAAUGGGUACUCUUUUGAUUUCGAAGAUUAGGGAAGAGUAUCCCGAUAGGAUGAUGCUUACUUUCUCGGUUUUUCCUUCUCCUAAGGUUUCUGAUACGGUGGUGGAACCCUACAAUGCUACUCUCUCUGUUCAUCAGCUUGUUGAAAACGCGGAUGAAUGUAUGGUUCUUGAUAAUGAAGCGUUGUAUGAUAUUUGCUUCCGUACCCUCAAGCUAACCACUCCAAGCUUUGGUGAUCUUAACCAUUUGAUAUCAGCAACCAUGUCUGGUGUCACAUGUUGUUUGAGGUUUCCUGGUCAGCUUAACUCCGAUCUACGAAAGCUUGCUGUGAAUCUGAUUCCGUUCCCUCGUCUCCACUUUUUCAUGUUGGGAUUUGCACCUUUGACUUCUAGAGGCUCUCAGCAGUACAGGUCUCUGAGUGUACCUGAAAUCACACAGCAAAUGUGGGAUUCGAAGAACAUGAUGUGCGCUGCUGACCCUAGACACGGACGAUACCUCACUGCAUCAGCCAUCUUCAGAGGGAAAAUGAGCACAAAGGAAGUUGAUGAACAGAUGAUGAAUGUUCAGAACAAGAAUUCAUCCUACUUUGUGGAAUGGAUUCCAAACAAUGUGAAAUCAACUGUCUGUGAUAUUCCCCCAACUGGUUUGAAAAUGGCUUCAACUUUCAUUGGAAACUCAACUUCAAUUCAGGAAAUGUUCAGAAGGGUGAGUGAACAAUUCACUGCUAUGUUUAGGAGAAAGGCUUUCUUGCAUUGGUACACCGGUGAGGGAAUGGACGAAAUGGAAUUUACCGAAGCCGAGAGCAACAUGAAUGAUCUUGUAUCAGAGUACCAACAGUAUCAAGAUGCUACUGCCGAGGAGGAUGAGUACGGAGAGGAAGAUGACUAUGAACAACAGGAACAUGAUGAUAUGUGAAGACUAUGAUCUUUUUUGCGGUGGAAUUUUGGAUUGAAUGUGUAACAAUUCAUGCCGCAACUUCCUGUUGCCGGUUCAUUAUCUCUAUGUUUGUAAUGCUAUACUUCAUUCCGGUUUAUGUGAAAUUAAUUGAAUCUGCUUUUAUUUCUGUUGGUUUGUAACAAUGUUAGGGAAUGAUAUAUUGAUCGUUGAAACAA